AUGUACAAUAUGGACAACACGAGGAGAGUAUUGGACGUAUCUUCCUUUCUUCUUGUCGAGGGCAGUGCAGACUCUGAGGCAGAUUAUGGACUUCCGAAGCUAUAUCUCGAUGUGACUAUAGCCUGUGAUGAUGAUGAUGAUGAUGAUGCAGAGUCAUGUAGCUGUGACACAACUGAUCAUGUACAUGGUUUUGAUGAAGCUUUUGAGGUUGAUGAUCAUCGGGAGCCAAGUUGGAGUGGCUGCAAGAUGAUUCUAAGGGAUGCAGCCUUGGAUUGCAUGAUCAUUGAGGAAGGUGAAGAGGAAUCGAAGGUUGAUAAUAAUCUAAGGAAGGAAGUCGUGGAUGCAAUGGAGGACAGACUCUUUUGGGAGACUUGCUUGGCUGCAGGGUACCCUUAA